AUGGCCUGGCGAAGCUCCGGCGCAUCCAACAGAGACCUCGUCGAGAACAUGUGGCGGCAUGGCCUCAUCAAGGACCAACGGGUCAAGGAUGCCUUUCUAAAGGUCGACCGCGCAGACUACGCCCCCGCCGCGCCGUACGAGGACUCGCCCCAGUCCAUCGGCCACAAGGCGACGAUAUCCGCGCCGCACAUGCACGCCACCGCCGCCGAAUCCCUCCUCCCGCACAUCCUCCCGUCCGAGGCGCGGCCUGCCCCGCGCGUGCUCGACAUCGGCUCCGGGUCCGGCUACCUCACGCACCUCCUCGCCGAGCUCGUGGGGGACGCGGGGCUGGUCGUCGGGCUGGAGCAUAUCCGGGCGCUGCGGGAUCUCGGGGAGAGGAAUAUGGGGAAGAGCGCGGAGGGGAGGGCGUUGUUGGAGAGCGGGCGGGUGAGGUUCCGCGUUGGCGAUGGGAGGGAGGGGUGGGUUGAGAAGCCGAGGGAGGGGGAGGAGGAGAGGGGGGAGGGGUGGGAUGCGAUUCACGUCGGGGCCGCGGCUGUGGAGUUGCAUCAGGAGUUGGUGGAUCAGCUUCGGGCGCCGGGGAGGAUGUUCAUCCCCGUGGAGGAUGAUAACGGGUACGACCAGUACGUCUGGGCCAUCGACAAGAAGGAGGACGGGUCGAUCGUCAAGGAGAAGUUGUUCGGGGUGCGCUACGUACCGUUGACCGACGCGCCCAAGGCUUGA